AUGGGCAGCGGCAGCAGCCGGAGCGGCCGGGCUCUGCGGCGGCGGCGCGGCCCCGAGAGCCGCCCGGCGGGUCCCUGCGCCGCAGCCCCGGAAGGCGGGACCGAGCCUCGUGUGUCGGCGACUGCGGCGGCGCCGGCCGAGGCCCCGGGGGCAGCCGCGGUGGCUACCGAGGAGGCGGCGGGUCACGACCCUGGCCCCGCGGCGCCCCGCGACGGCAGGGAAGAGACCCUGCGCCUGCUGGACCAGCUGCUGGCCGAGUCAGCGGCCUGGGACCUAGGGGAGCCGACCCCGCGCCGCCCCGCCCGACCCCGAUCCCGCCCCGCCGCGGGCACCGGGAGCGCGGAAUCCCCAGGACGGAGCACAGGAGACCACCCAGGGAGCAGCAGUGUCUCCGAAGCCCCGGGCAGCAGUCACAAGAGGCCGGAGGGGCAGUCGGCCAUCUCCUACGACUACUCGGAGGAGGAGCUGAUGGCCAGCAUCGAGCGCGAGUACUGCCGCUGAGGCGCGCUCCCCGCCCACCCCUCCGCACGUAGCUGCUGCUGCAUCUUUCAGAACCGACCUUUUCACAUCCGACUCGGACAGCGCAGCCGUGUAGACCCAGGCCGGCGCAGCGCUGGCCCGCAGGGUGUGGCCCAGACCGCCCGCUCCUCAGCCUCGGGAGCUGCGUGUCGGGCUCUCCUGUCUCCACGGUGGGGAAGCCUCACAAGGCACGGGUGACAAGUGAAGCCCUCCAGCGUGUGUCCCACAGCACUUCCAGAAGGUUCCCGCUGUGGAAGGUGCACCCGAGCUGUGCCCGCCCUCUCACCCCAUCUCCCCAGAGGACAUGGUUCAGCCUGGGGAUGUUGAAAUGCAGGUCCUAGUUCUGCAGGUCCCCGCGGGGCCUGAGAUUCUGCAUUUCUGACCAGCUCCCAGGCCAGGCCAAGCCGCCCGAGCCCUUGUUGCAACGCGAGGAGCAAGGAUUUGAGCCUAAGCUUUAGACCUCGGGCUCUUCCUCUCGGCACUGGAGCUGCCUGGGUGGGCUGGGUGACGCAGACCCCGCAAGUCCUGGCCUUGCAUUAACUAGCAGUGGGAUGUAGAGCUCCUCACUUUCCCUCUCUGAGCCUCAGUUUCCCUCUCUGGGAAAUGAGCCCUGGAGGGUCCUUGAGGCUCUCCCCAGCUCUGACAAUCUGGGAUCACACAGUUCCAGGCUGUUGCUGUCCUUCCCCCCAGGGCCCUGAGGCUCAGCUUCCCUGCUGGCAUGAGCACCCGGGCCCCACCUGGAAGGGUCUUGAAGCCACCUGCUCGCUACUUCUCCCUCCCGCAGUCAGCUGACUAGUGCAUGUGGGGCUCUUGAAUGCUCUUCCUGCCUGGGUGGAAGGUAGAAACCACAGCAGUGAGGCCAGAGAGCCUCAGAAUGUUCCCGGUUGACAGAGGAGAAAACCGACUGCCGAGGGCACCCUGUGGCUGCGAGGCGGAUCCCCUGCGGGAAGGGGGACUUGGCUGCGGCGGCGACAUGGCCCGGCCAGGUGUAGGGCGCUCAGGGGAGGCGAGGUGAACAGCUGGUGGCCAGCAGCCGUGGGGAGGCCGGGACGCAGGCCCCUCCCGAGCCGCUGGCCAGGGCCACCGUCCAAAGGGGGACUGGGAAGCGAUGGCAGCUUUUGCUGAAGCCAGAACAGGUCCCUGCUCACCUCACACUUGCACGACGAAACGGCGCCUCCCCGGCAUCCUUGGUUUCCUGAGAAGAGCUCCAGCCCACGUGUCCUCAGAACACCGCAUCUUGGGAACCGGCAGACAGCUACUUGGCACUGUCCCCAGACCCACAGGCCUGCACCGGCAGAUGGGGGUUCCCGUGAACUUUAACUGACAGGAGUGCCUUGGCCAGCUGGGAGCAGCCGCAGACUCACUGCAAGCCAGCGCGGGGCCUCCCUCCCGGGGGCGGUUUCUCGUCUAAGCCCAAACCAUUUCUUUUGAUAUGAAGAUGAAAGACAUUAGAAUUUUAAUAAUAUAAAUACUUCUUUUAAAAUAAGAGUUAAAAUUUUAUUUCUUACCACCAGAUGGAUCAGGCUUUGAAUUUAAUGAUGUAAAUGUUUACAAUUUUAGCUCAUUAUUUUGUUAAAAUAGAACACGUUCAGCUAGUUUCCAAGAAAAAGAUGAUACCUCUGCAUUUUCCGGUGGAAAACCCAUAAAACCCUUCAUGAGAUCAAAGUGUUAGGAAAAAACAAUCCUGAAGUAGUUACAGUCUCUGGCAAUGGCAAAGUGAGAGCACUUCAUCAAAGCCAAAACGUCACGGCAGUUUUGCCCAGGUCUUUUUUCUUUUUUUUUUUUUUCAAUUUCCCGAAUGCAGGGAAAGUGUCAUCUGAACAGCAGCCCUCCUGUCCUUGUCCUGCGAGAUGGAGGGGCUGGGCUGGAGGCAGCAGGGAUGGGAGUCGCCGCAGCCGUGGGCCCAGGGAGGACCCCUGCCCAGCAGUGUGCUGAGCACCUACUGUGCGCCAUCAGGCUUCUUCGUGGUCACCGAUGUGGCCUCUGAGGCCGAGCCUCCUGCCCUAGAGCUGAGUGUGGGAUCUGCUACGAGGGGUGGGAACGUGGCUGAAACAGGGGCAGAAAGGAAAGCAUCUCAGAGUCGAAAGUGAUGUUGCAUGUUAUUGUCUGGAAAAG